AUGAGCAGGAAUUCGCCCCCCGCGGCCAAAGGAAAUGAGAGCAAGAGGUUCAAAGGGGACAGCAGGGGCAGCCAGGGCCCCUCCAGAGUGAUCCACAUCCACAGGCUGCCAAGCAGUGUCACCGAAAGAGAGAUUCUCUGUCUCGCGCUGCCUUUUGGGAAGGUCUCCAACUUACUGUUCCUGAAGGCGAAGAACCAGGCCUUCGUGGAGAUGAGCACAGAGGAGUCCGCCAACACCAUGGUCAACUACUACACCUGGAUGACCCCUGUGCUGCGGGGGCAGCCCGUUCACAUCCAGUUCUCCCACUACAAGGAGCUCAAGGUGAGCAGCUCUCCCAGCCAGGCGGCUGCCCUGGGUCAGGCGGGUGCCCUUAGCAUUGAGGCUGCCUCCAGCCAGGUGGCUGUCCCUGGCGGCCAGGCUGACACAGGGUUAGAGGUGGCCAGGCAGGGCCCUGUGCUCAGGAUCCUUGUGGACAACUACUUCUAUCGCGUGACCUUGGAAGUGCUGCACCAGCUCUUCUCCAGGUUUGGCACCGUUCUGAAAAUCAUCAUGUAUACCAAGAGCAACCGGUUCCAGGCGCUGUUGCAGUAUGCUCAAGCUGCGAGUGCCGAGCGUGCCAAGCUCUUCUUGGAUGGGCAGAACAUCUAUGACGCCUGCUGCACACUGCGCAUUUCCUUCUCUGGGCUCACCAACCUCAUAGUCAAGUACAACAAUGACCAGAGCCGUGACUACACGCGCCCAGACCUGCCCUCAGAUGAAAGUCAGCCCUCGCCGGUCCAGGUCCAGAACAUGGCCGCAGCCUUCCCUGCACCUGUCAUGACCUCAGCUUCUCCCUAUGCCAGCCCCGCAUUACCUCACACCUUUGCAAUGCCUCAAGCCGCAGGCUUGGCCAUGCCAGAAGUGUUUAAGGCCUUGGCCCCCCAAGAAUUAUCAGAAAGCUCAAUGGUCACCUCAGGCUCUCCGGGUGUGGGGAACCCUGUCCUCCUGGUUGCCAACCUCAACCCUGAGAAAGUCACACCCCAAAGCCUCUUCAUUCUCUUUGGUGCCUAUGGCGAUGUGCACCGAGUGAAGAUCUUGUUCAACAGGAAGGAGAACGCACUAGUGCAGAUGGCAGAUGGCAGUCAGGCUGAGCUGGCCUUGAGGAACCUGAAUGGACACAAGCUGUAUGGGAGGUCUCUCUGCAUCCUGGUGUCGAAGCACCAGAGCGUGAAGCUGCCCCGGGAAGGCAAGGAGGACCAGAGCCUCACCAAGGACUAUGUCAACUCCCCGCUGCACCGCUUUAAGAAGCCCGGAUCCAAGAACUUCCAGAACAUCUUUCCGCCCUCGGCCACCCUGCACCUCUCCAACCUACCCUCCUCUGCAUCUGAGGAAGAGCUCAAGAGCCUCUUCUCCAGCAAAGGGGGUGUUGUCAAGGCCUUCAAGUUCUUCCCCAAGAACCACAAGAUGGCGCUCAUCCGGAUGGGCUCAGUAGAGGAGGCCAUCCAGGCCCUUGUAGACCUGCAUGGUCACCUCCUGGGCCAGAACCAUCACAUGCGAGUCUCCUUCUCCAGGAUCACUGUCUAG